AUGCUCUUGAUGGCCAUCUAUUCAGUGUUGCUGAGAUUAGCUGAGGAUCCUUGCGACACUUGCCAGGAUAAAGCUCUUACUGGAGAUGAAUGAAUGAUUGAAUAGUUUGGGGAGAAAAGUGCCAUGAAAGAAGAACCUGAUGGACCUGGUGAAGCUUCUCCUGUUUCCGUGUUUGGUUACUAGCUGGGAACUUUGAGUUGAUCUCACACAAACACCUCUCUCAGUUUCACCCAAACCUUCACCACACCUGGUCUUUCACACUCAGAGAAAUGCUGGAUGGGGUGUUAGGCUGUUUAUAAUGAUUGUGUGUGUGACGUGAGUUUCUCUGUGUUUGCUAAUAGUGGAAUGUGAUGUGGAACAACGAGAGGAACAGCAUUCUUAGACUUUGAAAGAGAGAGAGAGAGAGAGAGAAUUAUUGAGAUUUCCUCAUGAAAUUUCUCCAGUUUAUCAGCAGUACACUUAUCUACAGGAACCUCCACCAUAAUGCUGCUUGAUGAAGCUGGCAAACAUGUUUCGUUGUCUGUCAUAUGUAUCCCAUAAUUCUGUGCAGCAGGCAGCGUAGAGAAAAAAUGAUGGGAAAACAUGGAGGAACAGGCACGGUACAUGUUGAAGUUACUUAUAAUCAUUCUGACCUAAGAUGGUGUAGACACCGUAUUGGUUUUAUUAUCCCUAAUGGUUAUGAUCAUUUUAUCUAGCUAAUGGAGGUUUUGGGACUAGCGAUCAUAGUAUGUAGGUAUUUUGUAUCCAGGCAACGUUGUGGGCAAGCCAGGAAAAAAUGCCAUUCUGGUGGUUACCUUGUGACACAGCAAUACUGCCCUCUAGUGACAAUCCACUCUUCCUGCAUUAAGUGACCCAGUCAUUUGCCAAUUCAGUUUUAUUUCAGUAGCACUCUUCAGAAAUCUGGAAUUGGUUAAGAUGUUGGAUUACUGAUCGGUAAGUCAUGAGUUCAUAUCCCGGUGCUGCCACUGCAGGACCCUUUAACAAGGCCCUUAACGCUCAACUGCUCAGGUGUAUUAGGGUGUUUUCAGACCUGUAGCUUUGUUCAGAAACAGGGAUUUAAACUGUUACAGUGCUGCAUUUUUCUCCUUGGCUCGGUUCAAUUUCACAAGGGAACAUUUCAAAGCGUACCGAGACGUGUUUAUGUAAGUCACAUGUAGUAAACUGUCCUCUCAUUGGUCAGAGUGCAUCUGUUUAUGUUCCGCCCAUAGCGGUCAUCCAUCAAGAUGCUUACACAACUGCACUAUUUGAGCAUGUAGUAUUAGCACAUUUAUAGAAGGGGUGUAUUUAUUUAUAAUCGCACUAUCCAGUGUCACCCAGAUGAGGAUGGUUCCCUUUCGAGUCUGGUUCCUCUCAAGGUUUCGACGUCACCACCGUCACUGCUCAUUAGGGACAAAUUCAUAGAUUUAAAAUCUAUAUCCUGAAUUUAUAUAUUUCUGUAAAGCUGCUUUGGGACAAUGUCCACUGUUAAACGUGCUAUAUAGAUAGAUAGACAGCAGCUCCGUGAGCUUAUUGUGACUUUCUCUUUAGCUGUAAUUAUUAUUUAUCUAAGUUAUACGUUCCAUGGAGCGAUUAAAGCCCAUUUCCUUGAGACACUCACUAAACACAUUGUUUUCACGCCUUUUUGGAAGUUGUUCAGAAAUAUGUUCGUCAGACAUCACUGAGGUAUUAUACCUCGUCUUUGGCACAAGUUAAACUGUGAUUCAUGUUUCCAGCCAUUAGCUAAGCAAGCAUGGCUUUUUUUACGUAACACAGUUCCCAUCAUGCAUUGCUAUACAGGUCGAUUCGUUGGUCCGUUGGGUCGGCUUGCUUUCUCGCCACAAGGGAACCGCUCCAGAGUUCGUUUGCGAUGUGGUCGAGGCCAGCUCGUUCGUGUUAUCUCAGACCGAUUGUACUGGUGUGGAUCCGAGCGCGAUUGCCGUGUUCAUGUAUGUCUAAACAAACCGAACCAAGGAUGGAAAACGCACCAGGUUCCGGAACAAACGCUCCAAACGAGCCAGGUGUGAAAAUGCCCUGAUUGAGUUAAAUUUCCUUUCAUGUCUGUAAGUCGCUCUGGAUGAUGGUGUCUGCCAAAUGAUAUAAAUGUAAAUGGAUGUAGAUUCAGAUCCCUAACAAACAAGCCAGAGGUGACCGGUGAAGAAGAAGAAACUCCCUUCCUCGUGGAUCCAGAACCCGACCCUAAAGGGAUACCGGAUAGCGAUUAUAAAUCAUUAGUGUGCAGGUGUAGAAGAGUAGACACACAGUACGGAGUGUGUUUACAGGAUGCUCAGAACGAGCAGCAUGUGGAAUCAUCUAGAGACACAGAAGUCUGUGUUUAACUGUGUAAAGAGGUGAAUAUUUAUCCACACACUGACAACCGGAUCAGUUAAUGAGUAAUUCCCAGAGAGCGGACUUUGUAUCCUCUCCGUCGGUCUCUCUUUCACCAGGAAGAACCAAUGAUUUGAAAAGACGAAAUUUGUUGACGUCUUCCAUUUUGUUGAAUUUGACCUCCUGCACAUGUCCC